GGCGGGCGGCGGCGGGGGCUGCCGAGGCAACAUGAGCAGAGGCUGAGCGCGCGGCGGCGGCGGCGCGCGCACCGGAGCCGGACGGAGCCUCGGGGGCGCUGCGGCCGCGAGCACGCCCCCUCCCCUCCCCCUCCGCCCGGGGGGCCGGACUGUGCCGGCCCGCUCAGCCCCGCAGCGACGCCAGCAGAGCCCGCGGGACUGGCACCGCCCCCCGCCCCGAGCCCGCGGCCCCGAAGCCCUCCCCGCCUGGCCGACGUCUCCCCAAUGCGACCAUGGGAACUGGCGGUGACUAGGCGGCCUCCCUCCGACCCCUUGGCCCAGCGGCGCUUCUCCGGGGGUCCCUGCGGCGUCCCGGCCCAUCUCCGGCGAAGCCCGGCCACGCGGCGCCCUUGGGGUCGCCGGGACCGCCCCCCGGCCGCCGGGCCGGCCCAGGAUGAGAACGCGGCCCGGCCCCCGUUCCCGCAGCCGCCGCCCCGCGCCCCGCUAGAUGAGCCCCGAGCCUUCGCUCUCGCCAGCACAGCGCCCCGAAUGCUGCACCCGGCCGCCCACCCGCCCCAGCAGACGCCAUUCAUGGUCGAUCUCCACGAGCAGGUUCAUCAGGGCCCGGUCCCUCUGUCCUACACGGUUACCACGGUGACGGCCCAAGGCUUCCCCAUCCCUGGGUGCAGCACGCAGCAGCUCCCAGGAUGCUCCGUCAUGUUCAGCGGUCAGCAUUACCCCCUCUGCUGCCUCCCGCCCCCGCUGAUCCAGGCGUGUGCCCUGCAGCAGCUGCCCGUGUCCUACCAGACGUUCCCCCCGCUCAUCUCCAGUGACCAUUACAUCCUGCACCCCCCACACCAGCCGCCCCACAUGGCCCCCCUGGGCCAGUUCGUGCCUCUCCAGCCCCAGCACCCGCGCAUGCCUCUGCAGAGGAUAGACAACGACGUGGAGCUACGAGAACAGAACCCCAUCGGGGCCUUCACCUACACUCCCCCCUCCCACCACACCCCGGCCCUCUCCCCCUCCGUCCCCCUGCAUUACCUCCCCCACGACCCGCUGCACCAGGAACUGCCCUUCGGCGUGCCGUACCCUCCCAUGAUGCCACGGAGACUGAGCGCCCAGAGAUACCGACUGCAGCAGCCCCUGCCCCCGCCGCCCCCGCCCCCGCCUCCCCCGCCCCCGCCGCCGCCCUACUACCCCAGCUUCCUGCCGUAUUUCCUCUCCAUGCUUCCCGUGUCACCGACGGCCGUGGGCCCCACGAUCAGCCUGGAUCUAGACGUGGAUGACGUGGAGAUGGAGAACUACGAGGCGUUGCUGAGCCUGGCCGAGCGGCUGGGGGAGGCCAAGCCCCGGGGGCUGACCAAAGCCGACAUCGAGCAGCUGCCCUCGUACCGCUACAACCCCGAGAACCACCAGUCGGAGCAGACUCUGUGCGUCGUCUGCUUCAGCGACUUCGAGGCCCGGCAGCUCCUCCGCGUCCUCCCCUGCAACCACGAGUUUCACGCCAAGUGCGUGGACAAGUGGCUGAAGGCAAACCGGACUUGCCCCAUCUGCCGCGCGGACGCCUCGGAAGUGCACCGGGAGGCGGAGUGAGGGCCCCCGCCGCUCCCCCCCGCACGCCACCGCCGGAGACGGAGAGGACCUCGGGCGGCCCGGCCCGGCCCGGGGUCGGGGGGCGGGAGAACCCCGGCCCGCCUCAUCCAGCGAGGCCCCGGCUCCCCCCGGACUCGCACUCCCAGCCCCGGGGCCCCUCUCCCCGGCCCCCGGCCCGCCCGCCCGCCCGAGCCGGUUCUGGGACUGCGCGCGCCAUGG